AUGUCAACGGCACCUUCACGGCCGAGCGUCCCCUCCGACCCGCGGAGCACGAGGUCUACUGUCCCUCCAACCCGGGAACAUGGAAAUCCAAAGCAGCCAGCAGCCCAACCGCCAGAGGUAAAGCCAGAGCCACCGACGCCGCCAUGCUAUGUCGUUACGGCCCGGGGCGGCGACACGGGCUGCGAGCGGAGGCCCGUCUCGACAGCCGGCGAACUCCAAGCUCAGGUAUCUGAACUUGUCAAACAAGGCACCCAAGCGGCCGCGGCGGCCUCUGAUGUGUUCACCGCCGCCAGUGCAAAGCACGCCAGUGGCGUGGAGGGUGCGGCAAGGCCACUCAUCACCAUCUACGGCCUCCCGGCCGCCUUUGUGCCUGUCCUUCUCGACAGCCCCUUGGACAUUGACCUGUCCUUUGUCGAAGCCCAUGCGGCGGGGAGAAGCUACCGGCCCAUGGGUAUCCGCCGGAGACGAGGGCCCAGGGCGGCCAGGUAUGCGCACUGGGAUUACCCGGAGUUGGUGGCUGGGGACUGGCAGGCUAUAGCCCGGAAGAGGUCCUGCCAGGGCUUCGAGCAGAACUCCAUCGGCCCAGGACUUCCUCAGGUUGUUGCCGACCUUGCGCGAGAGCCAGUGGUACGGCCUGUGUCUGACGCUGGCAAGGGGCUGGCCGCUGUGUUCUGUCGGGCGAGUCUCUGGGUGAGCCAGGAUGUGGAUGUGCUGUUCUUGGACAAGCCUCGCUGGGAAGAAAGGGGUCCCUUGAGAAAGGCUCGCAGGGCAGGUAAAGUCACGGGAUACAAUGCGCCGAUAGACCAGGAGAACCGACCCAGAUAUGGUGGGACGAAAGGAGACAACGUGGCAGUCGCCCAGUGGAACGGAGAGGAGAUUCCCAGCUUGGAGAGCAUACUACAGGACAGUCCCGCGACUACAUGUAAGGACAGCGGGGUGCUUCAGGUCUUGGAGGAGACAGCGUAUGAGCAGUGGCUCGAGCUGUUCGAGGUCCUCACACCUAGGCGGAGGGUGGUCAAGCCAGAGAGGACGUCACUGGAGUGGCAGAUCAUGCGAGCACUGGAGCAGAAUUUUGACAUGGCAAAGAGAACUGCGCGGUCCCAGAAUGGCAGUGGAACCGAGGAGGGCUUUGCUGUAGGCCCAGCCGACUGGGAAGGUCUCAUACAAAGACUUCGAACUCGCGCGGAGAUCCUCACGGCCACUUGCCCCGGGCUCCCACACAAGAAGCCGGAAAGAACAGCCAGCGGGGCCCUGUAUCACCAGGAAAGGAUGGCCUACGUCCCAAGACACCGACCAGAGGCAGACAGACCAUCCUCCCAGGGGUCCGACUCGGACAACCAGCGCGCCCUCGACCGCGUCACGUACCUGGGCGGGAUCCUGCUCCCCUUCUCCAUCGUCUCGGGCGUGCUGUCCAUGAACGAGGGCUUCGAGCCGGGGCAACCUCUGUUCUGGGUCUUCUGGGUGGCCACAAUACCACUGACUCUCUUCACGGUACUGGUCAUAUAUGCGGACAAGCUUAGGCAGGUAGAGGUCUGGUCUGAGGUGCUGGACCACAGCGGCAGUGACUCGGAGGGUGACCGAGGGUCCACGAAAUCGGGAGACGGGGACAAGGUGCAGGAGGCCGAGAAAGGGAAACGCAAACCGAUGCCCGAGUUUGGCAUUUCCAAAUACAGCAGGCCCCAGCAGCCCGAGGCCGUCACCUACAGCGCCGGGGGCGACGUCGUCAUCGACCUCGACACUCCGACUGCUGAGACUCAGCAGAUGCCAACAGCCGAAUCCCCCAGGCCGUACGGGGCAGAUCCGCGGAUGGACAGCGACGAAGACCAGGAGCAAGAAGGGACUUCAAGUGAUGAGGACACUGCUGAGGAAGUAGCCCUUCCGAUGACCGCCGGGGAGACUGGAUACCACCCAGGCUGGAAGAAGAAGCAGCUGGGCUGGAAAGGGGCGGCGAUGUGUAUGCUGAGAAUGAAGAAGCCGCUGCGCGUCUUGGAUGGGAUGCCUGUUGCUGCACGGGGAGGGCAGCGUGAUGACUAG